CACAUUUCGUGAGCGACACUUUCGAGUCUGGGGCUUAUAAGUCUGGGCGGACAGUGAUUAGCAUUUAGUUGAACGGUGAUUGCCAAGCGUCCAGGUGAUAGAUACCCGAGCCGAGACAUCUAUCUUCAUCUUCAACUUCACCAGCGGAAAUGCGUGUCUUCAUUUUUUCGUGUCUUCUGGGCCUGGCAGUGGCCGUGCCCCAAGGAUACAACUACCAAGCGCAACAGCAAGCCCAACAGUCCGGCUCUGGUCCGCUGCAGUUGCCCGCCAUUCCCCAGUUCGCCACCAUCGCAGAGCAGAACAUCCUCCAGCAGGCGCUGCAGUCCCCCAGAGUGCAUCAGGUGUUGUCUGGAGGCUACCAGCAGAACCAGGCUCCACUCUACCAGCAGCAGCAGUCAGUUCUGCCACAGCAGUCGCAGCUGAAUGGAAACUUUGCGUACAACCAGCAGCCCCAUCAGCAACAGUACCAGCAGCAGCAGCAGCAGCAGCAGCAUCUUGUCUCUAAGGAUAUCUAUGUUCAUGUGCCGCCAGCAGAGGACUCCGAGGAGCAUUAUCCACAGCCGGCACUGCCGAUCGCGCCGCCACGCAAGCACUACCGCAUCGUGUUCAUUAAGGCGCCAACGCCGAGUGUCAGCAAAGCUGCUUUGCGAGUACAGCAGGCUCCAGUGGAGGAGAAGACCAUCAUCUAUGUGCUGACCAAGAAGCCCGAUCCACUGGAUCUGCAGACCGCCCUGGAGGAAGUCGCCCCCAAGCAGCCCAGCAAGCCGGAGGUCUUUUUCAUCAAGUACAAGACCCAGGAGGAAGCUGCGCAUGCGCAGCGAACCAUCCAAGCUCAAUACGACCAGCUAGGUGGAACUUCGCAGGUGUCGGACGAAGGAGUGGCGCCCGUCACGUCGGUGAUUGGAGUUUUGGAUAGUCAGCGGGCCAGCGGGGCACCUAUCGGGGGGCUGACGGGGGUCGUGCCCAACAGGUAUUUGCCAGCCCAUCUGCGCACCUAGGAAUGUCCAUACUCAAAACGUAAUUUAAGCUGACUGUCGUACUUAUAAGUAUCCAAAUGAUGUACAUAUUAAGAUCAAUACAUUUUAU